AUGGGUUCCUGCAAGCAUCCUCGAGAAGCGAGUGAUGCGCAAGAUAUCCGAGAGUUUUUUUGGCGGGCAAGGGAGAAUGCCGCACUACAGCGGGGCGGGCCAUUCUUCCUUGAGCGCAUUCUCUUCCCCCGUCUUAACCAACUUCAUUGCGGACGCGGUGGCGUAAUGCCGGACCCGACGCGCGUGUCUUGUGAAAAUGGCACAGGUUCAUUCAAACGGCACGGGGCCCUUGUCCUGCCUCAACGAAUAGAAGCUUCCGCGCAGCUUUGUCGGUGGCAACUACUGCAAUUGAAUGACCUUCGCCGAGUUGUGCCACAGGAUUUAAUUCUGACGUCGUCAAGUCCUAUCACGGACGUUGUAUUUGACAUGCAGGAGGAGUUUGCCGUGGCAUGUCAAGCGCAAUGCCUUUCUGCAUACAGUACAGAGAAGUGGCUCGACGACCACGGGGCGGCUGAUGAGUUCAAUUGCGCUUCCCCGUUGGUUAGAGUGCGGGCACGUGAACAGAGUAAUGUGGGUUUUGGCUUCUCCUCCGUACAGUUUAUCUCAUCCUCGCUCCACCUUAUGGCAGGCUACCACCGUGCCCCGGUAGUUGACAUCUUUGAUUUGGAAGAGGUGGACGAGAGCACCUACGAACCGCAGCAACGCUUCUCGUUGACGGAGGAUUGUGCCAGUGUUCACGGAACAAGGGGCGGCCGCGCCGGGACCAGUGUUGACACAAAUGCCGGAACCAUCUGUGCGAAUGAUGUAGUGGCAGUUACGGAACAAGUUGGCUUGGCAGCACUUUCCUCUGGCCGUGCUGUGUGGCUAGAUCGUCGCACCGGUGCCGCCAUUCCGUGUACCGGUAAUUUUGCACAAGUAUAUAGCAUUGGGCAACAAGGCUCUCGAGCUGCCAUGCGUGUCCCACUCACUGCCGUUGCAUUUCUCUGCCGGGAUACUCCCAUAAACGUCUUGUGUGGAACCCAAUCCGGGGCUGUACAGCUGUGGGACACGCGUUGUGUUCGUGAAUGCAUCGCCGUGCAUCAAACGUCCUCCGCCAUCUGUCGUUUGCACCCUUCCUACGCUUCGUCGCUGCGAGACACCGUGUGGCUCAACAACCACGUUGGAGAAGUGCAGGGAAUUAAUGUGGGGCAUAGUGAUAUUCGCUUGAUCGCGGAGACAAAGUUUGCCGAAGUCACGAGAUUAGGUUUUAUGCCUCGUUUGCCGUUGCCGCGAUUGUCGGUGCUGGAUCCACCUGGUCUCAUUGCUUUCCCCCAUGUUUCGUCGAACUCGCUGAUGCUCCUUGACGUGAGUGCGUUGAUGAAGAAAACACCCACCCCAGCUGCACACAACAAUAAUCCCAGCGUUCUUGACGAGGGUGGCGAUGACGAUGCUGACGAUGAUGAUGAGGGAAAAGAGGAGGAGGGAUGCCAGGCAUCGCAACAGAUGACGGCCACGGAAAACCCCACCGUGGCCUCGUCGGCCGCAGCGCGUGUGGCGGCAGUGCACAAAAUUGCUUUGAAAAAUAUUGUGAACUUUGGGUGGUCUCCAAACAUCUCUGCGUGUGUGAUGUGGACGAAGUACGGGCGCCUCGCUUUGGGCGAUGCUUUGGGUGGCGUGUGGAUUGCAUGA